AGGCAGGGCCGCACAAGGCCACGCCCCUUUGUUGCACAUUGGCCGUACGAGGGCCGGUUUCUGAGCCCGGUGCGGCAAGCAAUGUGGCCCGAGAGUCACGUGGGCAAGGGGGGCGCUGGCUGAUGGACUCGCUGGAGGGGACGAUGUUGGCCGCAAAGGGGCCAACCCUGAUGAUGAUUGCCAAGGAUGAGAAGUGUCGAGACAUCUCUCCAAACUGGUACCUGUCUCGGGCAGGCAGCACUAUGUCAGCAGAUCAGGUCCAGCUUGAGAUAGCUAAUAUGAAGCCACCUAUGAUGAUCCAAGAAUCCCCAGUCACCCUGAAAAAUGAACUGGAGCUCAUCAAAGCUGAGCUCCAUGCCCAAACUAAGGCUUUUCAGACAUUGAGCCACUCCAUCACUUUGUUGGAGCAGGAGAGCAACCAGCAGCAGAGUAGGAUCAAGGAGUUGGAAGAGGAGAUACAGUUUACUGCCUGCUCACCCCGUGGGGAAACAUUUGAUGGCCUAAUGCAGAGAAGGAUCCAGGAGGUGUGGAAAGUCAUGGCCCAAGAGGUGCAAGGACUCCAAGGUUCCAUGAUUGAGAAGGCAAACUCCAUGGACAACCUGUCACAAGAGGUCCUCGAGAGCAAGAAAUUUCUUUGGGAGGAGCUGGAAGCAGUGCAGGGCGAGCUGCGACGGAUCCACCAGAAAUUGAAGGACCAGGAGGUUGAUAUCACGAGGAACCUGGUCAGCAUUAAAAAAAUGCAGGUGAAUCAAAUGAAGUGCACCAAGUUCCUGGCCCAGCUGAAGGGCAGAAUACCAGAUAAUGAUUCAGAAGCUGUGGAUAAUAAGCUAAUGUCUGAAGAGCUGAAUGACAUCUGGUCGGCUGUCAACACCCUGCGUAACUCCAUCACCAAUUGCAACAUCUGGAGUGACAAGAGGGGGUCUCAGAGAAUGAAGGGUUGGAUGAACCGACAACGCCGGAAGCCAAAUUCGCCUGAUGCCUUUUUCUCUGACUCAGCCCUGUAUCAGACCCACAGUGGCUCAGAGCACAGCUCAUAGAAUGCAGUGGUAUAGAGCAAGAUUCAGCUCAAGAUCCUGGAAAGACUGGAAUCAUCUUUGGGUUCUUUGGGGCUGAAUUACAGACAGUGCAGAUGAAAUUAAAACACACUGCUUGGGAAGAAGCUUGUUCUGGGCAUCAUUGACCGAGGAGCACAGGAAGCUGCCUUAUACCAAGUUAGGCCAUUGGUUCACCUAACUCAGUACUGCCUGUAUGCUGGUUAGCAGUGGCUCUUAGGGGUCUUUGCCUGUCCUACAUUUUUGUAGUUGUUAUGUGCCUUCAAGUUGAUUACGAAUCUUACAUAGGUAUGCCUAAAACUGAACUUGGAACUAGGGAUGGGAUGGUUCAAGCGCAUUCCAUUGAACUGGCAGGCGCUUCUGUUCUGUGUUCGUUUUCUGCUAUGUUCUUUUUUUACUGGUUUUGGUAAGUCAGUUUCAUUAGCAAAGCAAACAUUCAUCAGUUUCAUGUUAACAAAGCAAAGACAGGCUGAUCAGUGUCAUGUUAGCAAAUCAAUAACCCCUGAUAAGUACGUUUGAGCAGGCGUAUUGGGAUCAUUACCAAAGGCGUUCAAAAAUAUUUGUUACUACUGACAAAUUUCUUUAUAUCAAGAUGACAAUCUAGUUACUGACACAAUCUAAUUGUGCCCACACUCCUGGAAUAAAGACUCACAAUCCAUAAUUGACCUUUGGGCCACAACUUCAUUAACUGUAUUACAACUGGAUUACUAUUAUUGUUAUUAUACCAUCAAUAUUCAGUUCCACACUGGAUAACAACACUGGACUACACUGUAUGGUUGUUAUCAUUCAUUACUCUGUCUCUCCCCUCCUCUUAGCAAAAUUGGUAUAAUAACACUGGGCUACUUUGCAGGGCUGGUGUAACCCUCACUUUCUUGGACAUAGCCCCACGCUGUAUUAUGGGUAUAAUAUAUAUUAAUAUAUAUUAUAAUAACGAUGA